AUGGCUUUUGCUGAUGUCAUCGUGCAGGAGUCUGACCUCGAUAUCAUCAUCGUAGAUAUGCACGGUCAGCCUGGCGGGCACUGGAACGAUGCUUACCCGUUUGUCACGUUGCACCAGCCGUCAUCUUUCUACGGAGUGAGCUCUCUGCCACUGGGGAAUGAUGGCCUGGCCCAGCAGGGUUUCAACGAAGGCCUGGGAGAACUAGCCACAGGCGCCGAAAUAAAUGCCUAUUUUGAGCAGGUCAUGCAGACAAAAAUGCUGCCCUCCGGCCAGGUGCGCUAUUUCCCCAAGUGCCGCUACACCGGCGAUGGGCAAUUUGAAUCCAUGUUGACCGGACAGAAAUAUCAGGUGACGGCUGACAAGCGAACCGUCGACACAACCUCGUUGAACACCGCAGUACCUUCGACCCAUACGCCGAGCUUCACGAUUGCCGAGGGUGUACGCUUCAUGCCGCUCAACGAUUUAACAAAAGUCACCAGUCCGCCCGAAGGCUUUGUCGUAGUUGGCGGUGGUAAAACCGGUGCGGAUGCGUGCCUGUGGCUGUUAGAAAACGGUGUUGAUCCUGGCUCGAUAAGCUGGAUUAUGCCUCGGGAUGCCUGGUGGCUUAAUCGUGCCAAUGUGCAGCCCCGGGAAGAAUUUUUCUUCGCCACCAUAGGAACUCAAGCAAAUCAAUUUGAAGCCGCGGCUAAAGCGACAAGCAUGGACGACUUGUUUGAUCGCUUGGCAGCCUGCGGCAUGUUGCAGAGGCUGGAUCCUGCAGUCCGUCCCAGCAUGUUUCAUGCGGCGAUUCUCAGCGACAAAGAGCUGGCAGCACUGCAAACCAUCAAUAAUGUGAUCAGAAUGGGGCGAGUGACAGAACUGGGGCUGCACGAGAUUACGCUGGAAAAAGGCAGCAUUCCUACGAGCCCGGAACACCUGCAUGUUGAUUGCUCGGCCAGCGCCAUUCUUGGUCCCUCAAUGGCUGAGAUAAAACCGAUUUUUCAGGAAGGCACAAUCCUGCCGCAAACAAUAAGGUCCUACCAACCUGCAUUCAGUGCUGCAGCCAUCGCGCACAUCGAAAUUGCGUACGAUAAUGACGAGAUAAAAAAUGAGUUGUGUCGUGUGGUGCCGCUGCCCAACCAUGAUAGAGACUGGGUACCCAUGACAUUAGUAAACAUGGCAAAUGCUAAGCGCUGGUCUGAAGAACCUGAACUCAUGCAAUGGCAGAAAGACAAUCGCCUUAACGGUUUUUCUGCGUUGGCGGCCAGUGCGGAAGGCGACCCUGAAAAAAUGGCGGUUGUACAGAAAAUGUUCGCUAACAUGAUGCCAGCCGCAGUGAAUCUGAUGAAGCUCAUGGAUUCAAACGACUGA